ACACGUUCAGCCAAUGGUAGCUUGCAAAGUUUAUUCACGAGCAAACAAUAUGGCGGCCACCUGUAAGUAGGAAGCAGUUUCGAUGAACAGUUUCAAGCAGUUUGCUGGCCACAUACAAGUACUCGAGUUUAAAUUUAUGUUGAGGAGACCUUUAUAAAUUUACAGCAUUAACCAUGUCAAAUGACGGAGAGAAGAAGCAGUUUUGGAAGAGAAACACAUCUAAGGUUCCUGGAAGCAUACAGCAUGUUUAUGGAGCACAGCACCCUCCAUUUGAUCCUCUUCUUCACAGCAGUUUAAUAAAGCCUGGCUCCAAAUCUCAAACCACGCAAGUGAAACCAAAAAAAGCCAUAUCAUUUCAAGAAUUUCAAAGUAUCACUAGUGAUGCUUGGGAUACAGGGGAUGACGAUGAUGAUAAACUCUUGGCAAUGGCUACUCAAAGCCUAAAUACAAAAGUCGUCAUGGAGGCUGCUAACAAGGUAAUAGAGAAUCAUAGCAGGUUACAAGAACAAAAGUCGCAGGACGAGAAAAUAUCAGAUGUUCCCCACAUAUUAGAAACUAAAGAAACAUGUUUACAUCCCCACUCUGAAGUCAAGAUGGUGAAAUCACUUAGUGAAGCUCACAUAACUGUAACAGAUGCUGCAGGUGAAAAGCCAACCCUACAGAGGCAGCAAUCUCUUCCCUCACGGCCUAUCAUUCCACUUGUAGCAAGAAUAACAGACCAGAAUACCUCUGAAUCACCAGCAAUGACAGAAAGAGAAGCAUUUCGAUUGGACAAAUUCAAGCAGCUGCUCGCAGGACCGAAUAGCGAUUUGGAUGAAAUACGGAAAUUAAGCUGGUCUGGAAUUCCUAAACAAGUUCGUCCAAUAACAUGGAAACUUCUCUCUGGGUAUCUGCCAGCAAAUGUAGACAGAAGAGAAAGCACAUUGCAGCGUAAACGGCAAGAAUAUUUUGGUUUUAUUGAGCAAUACUACAACUCCAGAAACGAUGAAGACCAUAAGGAAACAUACAGACAGAUUCUUAUAGAUAUUCCUCGUAUGAACCCUGAGAGUUUAAUGCAGCAACCAAAAGUAAAUGAGAUUCAUAUUGACAUUCCAAGAACUAAUCCUCUCAUUCCUCUCUUUCAACAAGCUUCUGUGCAAGAGAUCUUUGAGCGUAUAUUGUUUAUAUGGUCAAUCCGCCAUCCAGCAAGUGGAUAUGUUCAAGGCAUAAAUGACCUUGUGACUCCCUUCUUUGUUGUCUUUGCUUUUGAAUAUAUAGAAGAAGAAGAGGUGGAAAAUUUUGAUGUUUCCAGUUUGCCUGAAGAAGUGCUGCGGAACAUUGAAGCUGACAGUUUUUGGUGCAUGAGCAAGUUGCUUGAUGGCAUACAGGAUAGUUAUACAUUUGCACAGCCAGGGAUUCAGAAAAAAGUGAAAAUGUUGGAGGAGCUUGUUAGCCGCAUUGAUGAACAAGUCCACAACCAUCUGCAGCAGUGUGAUGUAAGUUAUCUGCAGUUUUCCUUCCGCUGGAUGAACAAUCUGUUAAUGAGAGAACUUCCUCUGAGGUGCACCAUUAGGCUCUGGGACACAUACCAGUCAGAGCCUGAAGGUUUUUCUCAGUUUCAUCUGUAUGUAUGUGCUGCCUUCCUUUUAAGCUGGAAAAAAGACAUUUUAGAAGAAAAGGAUUUUCAGGGGUUAAUGAUCCUUUUACAGAAUUUACCCACAAUGCACUGGGGAAAUGAAGAAAUUGGUGUUCUUCUGGCUGAAGCUUACAGACUGAAAUAUGCUUUUGCAGAUGCUCCCAAUCAUUAUAAGAGAUGAGGCAUCACAGAACAAGGGAAGAUCAAACAGACUGCAUCUGUGUUUUCCCAUUUAUCUCAACUCCACAGCUUUGAAGAGAUUAAAGCAUUCUUUGGGACUUGAUUUUUUGCCUUUGCUAGAGUAAUGUUGCUCUCCGUGCUGAUUUCUUUUAGUUGCAUACAUUGUUGCAUACAUUAAAUUCUCAUUUCUAUAAAUUUAUGUAGACAGAUGUGUUGUCAGCUACUGUCUGGUGGACUGCAUCAGGCAUGGCAGAAGCUUAUAUUGGAAGAAGUACAACUCAGCAAAUGAAUAGCCUCUGGGCUAAUUAUCCCCUACUUCUAUUUACUAAACAACCUUAAAUAAAAAAAAUAUGUAAAUAUCAGAAUAAACCAGUUAUAUGGGGAGGAACUGAGUUUUACUUCAGUGGCUUCCUCAAAUCUAUUAAUAGAAAACAACUUACACUUAACAUGGUUUUAAAGACAUCUAAGCACGUAUUAUGGUUUACACAUAUAUUUUCAGAAAGUUUGCAUUAUGUUACUCAAUACACACACACACACACACACACACACACACACACACACACACACACACACACACACAGAAUAAUUUAAAAUGACAAAGCAGGGUAUUUCAUUUCUGAAUAAAACACCUUAGAAAUGUCAUAAAACAGAUAUUUGCUUUCAAAGCAGUAUUUCUUAGUUUUUGACACGCUUAUUUAGCAAGGCAAAACACUACCUUUUACAUCUGUUUACAUGGAUAUUAACAAACUGUUUACAUUAUAGCCUUUUGGAUGACAUAGCUGUAUUGAUUGAGGAAAAUGGUGCAGUAAUGAUAGUUUUUGAAUAGCAGAGAAAGCAAGUCCUUUUGAAAAUGACCAUUGCUUCUGUAGGUUUUGCAUUUAAUGCAUUGUCAUUUCCCCUUUGACAAGAAGAUAAGCCAAUGGCUUUUAUUUUAUUUUGUUCUCUUUAGAUGGUUGAAUGCAGUGUUGCACACCACUGUUCUCCUUUCUUCCUUUGAUGUUUAGAGCUACAUAUGCAUUUUAUAGGUUUAGAAGAGUAAGGCCAUUAGGGAGGAGAUAAGGUACCAUGCUUUUAUGUGUUUUUACAAAGUAACAUAGCAUGCAGCCUCAAGCAGCAGUAACAAAAGCACUUUGUAGUUCUUGGCAAAGCAGACAAAAACGAACGAUGCUUGCGUAAAAGUAGAGAUGGAUGAAGAUCAUUAACUGUAUAGCAGUUUCUCAGGGAAAUGAUUAGAGCUUUAUUUUUGGUAGGAUACUAAAGGAACUUGUUAAUUAUUGUGAUGUAGUCUAAUCAUCUAAAGCUACACAAUUGUAUAUGCAGUUUCUAUAAAAGCAGAUUCUAGCAUUGCAAAACAGAACUCUGUGUAACAAAUAACUCUCAAUGCCAUUGUUUCUGUAUUACAGAAUCCCGAGGUACCUGAGUAAAUAAUGAAGUGCUCAGAAGCUUGAUAUAGGCCAUGAAGGAUUUACUUGGCAUUAUUUGCCAGUAGUGCCUAUAGAUCUGUACACAAAAUAUACACUGAUAUAAGGACUGAUAUUUUUAUUUUAUUAAUAUGUGUGCUUAUGAUAUAACGGCCUAUUUAGAAUGUGUUAUUUCUAUAGUAAUAAUUAAUAUGUAAUUAUUUUUAAAAGCCAUCUUUAGCAUAUAUUAGCCAUACCAGAAGUUCAAGAGUCACGAUAACUGUUUUAUUAAUUAAUCAUACUCUUACUAUGUACAGAGUAAAAAGAUCAGCUUUAUUUACAAGGUAUUUUAUCAUUUUGUGCCUAAAUGAAAAUGCAUCAGUAACAAAGCAUUAAGUUUAAUAUAUGAAUUCUGAUGUAAUAAACAUGUACUAUUUGAAAGUUUGUUCAUAAUAUUCAAAUAAAUGUAUCAUGAAAGAC